CAGAGCAGUCCCAGCCCCUGCAGGAAGAUCCAGGACAGGACCAGACACAAGAACAGGACCGUGCCCGUGGCCGCUUCCGCAGGGCAGCACAGGCCUUUCUGAAAUUCUUGGGCAUUCGGCGCAAAAGGACCACAACCAGACCGACUGAGGUCAUGGCACAGCCUGACCCCAGCCCGACUGAGCUCGAGGCAGACCCUGAUGCAAUCCCUGACAUCCCGUUGAGCGAUGAACCCACAAACUCUGGCCCUGCACCGCCCAAUCUCACUGCGGAGGCCGACACUGCAAUGACCGAGGGCACUGCAGACACUGACCUCGUGCCCAGGGAGAGUGUGAAUUAUGCUCCCACUCCAGAUAUUUUUGAGGAGAAUGGUGUCUCCAGUCCAGAGCAAGUGCCAGCCUUCGUCAGGAACGUGCACCAGAGACUGACAGCCAACGCCACUCCAGAAGAGAAGCUACUGAUGGAGUUUCUGAGGGUGACUGAUGAACACCCUGAUGAUGCUGUGGUGACCCUCCUGCGCUGUGCCCCAUCGUGUGACAGAGCUGCUGCAACCCUGUGGAAGACCAUCGCCUCAUCGGGAAGGACAGUGGCAAAGGUGCUGCCACAGCUGCUCUCCGUGAUGGAGGACUGGCCACUGCACAGCACGUCCACCUCCGACGGGGACAAAACACAUGUCUUUGCCCUGGCUGCAAUCAGGGUGAUUUGGGAGAUCCUCCAGGCGCUCCAGUGCCCAGAGCCAUUGAAAAAGUAUUCCCCCCGUCUCCUCGUGGAUCUGCUCUUCCAGAUUUCCAUCAGCCCAGAGCAGACUCCAGAGGAAGUUGACACCUUGUGGAGGGAAUGUCAGAAGCAAUACAACCUUCCAACAGACUCCAAGAGAUUUGCAGUGCUGACCCUGAAGGCCCUGCUUUGUCAUCUCGAGUGUGAAGAUGUCGUGCUUUCAAUGGAACGGAAGCGCGGCUGGGACACACUCCUCAGUGCUGACACCCACCACAAUGCAGUGGGUCUGCUGGCCAGGGAGAUGCGCCGUGCCUCAAGCCCCUUGUAUUACCCGAUUGCCCUCUGCCUGCUGAGGCUGCUCACCAGGGAGAAGACCUCCUGGGAGCUCCCUGCCAUGGCAUUCCUUGUGGAGGCCCUGGACAGCCUGGACAUGACUGAAUGGAGUCACAGCAUCCUGGAGAUCCUUUCCAGGCACCUGUGGAGCCAGUGCACAGAGAUGCAUCGCCUGGUGCUGAGAGGCCUCGUGCUGCUGAGCAAGGCUCCUGGGAUGGCUGACGGUGUGCGGAGCCUGACACCAAGCCUCGUGGAGCUACUGUGGUAUACAGGGGGAGAGCUGGUGGGGAUGGUCCUCUCUGUACUCAUCAAUCAAGUCCAGGACAGAGACAUCCCAAUCUCCACCCCCAAUGCCCUGCGGCUGGCUGAGCUGCUCCCGCCACUCUUUGGCUACGACAACAUCCAUGUGCAGCUGCUCUCCAUUUACCUCUUCCAAAAGGUGAUGGAGUUGGCAGUGGAUAAGAGCAAACAACUCCUGAAGACACACGUCAUCUACAGCCUGCUCCCACUUUUUUUCCACUGGCAUCAUGAGAACCAGGACGUGGCAGAAGCCUGUCAGAAAGCGCUGCUUCGUGCAGCGGGGCUGCUGAAGAGGAGGGAUCUGGUGAAGCUGCUGAAGACAGAGCAGCCUUGGAGGUUCGGCGAGUGCCUGCUGGAAAACGACAAGAGAAGAGCAGUCGAGUACGCCUGCCAGGCCCUGCCGUACCUGGAGAGCCCACAGGAGCCCGUGCAAGAGGCGGCCCUCAGGUUCAUUGGCGGGAAGGCCCCGGGCUCAGCCCUGCCAGGGCAGGAGGGCGUGUGGCCGGGCCGGCAGCACCGCCGGGGGGGAGCUGUGCUGCUGGGGCCCUGA